AUGGAGUCAUCUAACCUCCCUCACCGCACAAAAUCUAGACAAGAUCCGAAGAAAGCACAAGCACAGGGACAGUUGCUUGGAGCCCAGCAAUCAAACUCUCGAGAAAAGCAGUCGUUCUACCUUGUUAUCUGUGGUGCUACUGACCACACACAAGGUUUCAUCUUCUCGGAUUUUAUGGGCUUUUGCUUGGCUCUGAAAGAGAAUGGCGUUGGAGGAGACUUCUACUCUUGUUUCCCUCUGGAACGUCAUUUCGCUUGGCUCAGGAAUGAGAACAACCCCCCAAUCGAUGUCAUAAAAUUCGGUAAACUCGGUCUUGACAGGUCUCUAUACACCUACUCCAGACAAGCUUUCCUCAACCACGAGUACUGGUGGACGCAGAUUGGUGCGCAUGAACUUUGGGAGAAAGUACAGACUUGGAUUUCCGAAAAGAAACAACAGGCAGAAGACGGUGAUGUUGUUAAUAUCAUCUUCGAAGGGCGCAAAAACCCCAGAGGAGAGUACUGCAUUGGAGACAACUAUGUUCACCCCUUUGUCUUUCGAGACUUACUUGCCGGCUUUAAAAAAGGCGUCCAGGUCAACGCCAUCACCGGAGCGUGUUACUCGGGAAAAUUUUCGGACGCUAUCAAGUCCUCCAACCCUAGAGAUCGGUAUGCUGCACUGGGCACUACUCGCAGUGACAGCAACCGGGUCAGGAACAGCGGAUUCUCCCAACCUUUCGUCCAGUCACUCGCCAAGAUCAAGCUUCCUGGUGUGCCUCGAAAACAAGUCACUUGGCGCCUGAAGGACCACGAGGCUUUCAUGAAGAAGCAGCUGAUACAGAAUUUAACGCCAGCUGCACACGUUGAAGAGCCCCAUUUCUACGCCAGCGAACCCCUGAAUGGCAUGACUGUAGUCGAGGACAUGGUCUUUCGGGAUAAAGUCGACGUAGUCUAUGAUCCACGUGUUUCUUCUCGGCGCCGCCGUAUCGAAUGGCCAACUAUGGACCCCAAUGUCCGUGAUCUCCUGGUGCAAGGUGACUCACCCCAACCAUCCGACGUAUCUCCCGCGGCAAAAGCCGUGAUCGCUGAAGAAAUAUCCAAGUGUGACACCUGGCGCGGUCUGAUUGUCGACUUGGGUAUCUACGACGAACUAUAUCUGAGGGCUCCAAAUUGGCGACAAAUACUACGUGCUUUAUACUGGCGUGCUCGCAGACUCCUUGAUGCUGACAUUGAUCUUGCUUGCCAAAACAAACUCCCGCUGCAAACUACAUCCUGGAACGCUGACGUUGAGUGUGGCUUUUUCGGCGAGUGUAAGUCAAUUGCGGAGGAAUAUCCCAAUGCGACAAUCUCGCAAAAUCCGCGAGAGCGGGAGGGUAUUUUACGUGCAGACGGAAGUGUCGAUCCGGGGAAUAACCUGUUUGGAUUCUGGCUGCCACAUGGCUUGAACGGCCAAGAUGAGAAAGUUUUUGCCACGGAGCUCCGUCGCUGUAAGCAGCGUUUCAACUCGAUCGAAAGAGUGUUCAGGGAAGUCGAGGGUAUUCCCCAAGAAAAGCUGUGGCUGGAGUCUGAGCAGGCCGAGUUCUUCGAACAGCAUCCCGAGAAGCUACCAGGCACCGGAAAUGACAAUCCGGAUAUCCGUGUGACACUGGACGACAAUUCUUUGUUCGAAUGA